GAGGCCGGACACAAAAUGUCUGACACCGACGCGUGUGUGGAUGUGAUGCACUUCCUGGAAGAGCUGGAUGACACUGACCUGCUUUCCACUCUCCAAAAUGUGUUUCACGAUGUGAUGGGCCCGCUCAACCCGUCAGCUCCGCCUCCGCCUCCUGUUGUCGUUCCUGACCUCAACAUCCGCCCUCAGAUUGAUCAAAAUCUGAGUGGAUAUGGAUAUGGUGGGUGCACCCCCCUGGGAGCAGCUCCGCACAGCGUUGAGCCUCCAAGUACCCUGUACAGUACGGCAGGUGCUUACAAUCAGGGACAACAAUGCUAUGUCCACCCUCAGAUGAAUCAAAAUCUGAGAGGAGGAUAUGGUGGGUGCACCGCCCUGGGAGCAGCUCCAAUGAGCAUUGGACAUGCUGCUCCCAUCCCGUACCAAGGACCUCAGUAUGCCAUGCAGCCAGGUCCUCCGUACAGGCAGGCAGGCGCUUAUAGCCAGGGACAGAACCUGCCAUACAGGCCAUACGUCCCGAGUGCAGCAGCCACCCCCUACGCUGCUCCUCCGCUGAACCAGCGCAUGCGUCCUCUUGGAGUGCUGAAUGGAGAGGUGAUUUACGGGUUUCCAGUCAAUUUUCCCGCCACUUCUACCUCUGCUGCUCCACCUCGGCCUCCACCACCGAGCACCUUCACAUCAAAUAAGAGAAAGCGUGAAGACGGGCAUGAUGGUCGGUCAUACGUGAAAAAGCCGCCAAAUGCCUUCAUGCUUUACAUGAAGGAGCAGAGGCCAAUUUAUGCGGCCGUAAUGAAACUCACUGGGACUGCAGGGGUUAACAAGAUCCUUGGAGAUAAAUGGAAGUCGCUGUCCAAUGAGGAGCAGGCGAAAUACUUCCAAGUGGCAGACCGAGAAAGACGGCUCCACGCCCUGCAGCACCCGGACUGGUCAUCCAGUAACAAUUACGGCCAAAAGAGGAAGAGGGAAAGGAGCAAGGCCUCCAAAAUGACUGAAGCAUCUGCAUCAACAUCUGGAGAGGUCACACAGGAAGUGAAGAGGAUGUGUGUGACCCCAGGAUACACAGGUGUGAGAGAGACUCAUCACGCACAGUCAAACGUGAUGCAGCCCUCCACCUCGAUGAAAGACGUGACAGUGACUCAUGACGCACAGUCAAACAUGAUAAAGCCCUCUACCUUAACGACAGGUGUGAGAGAGACUCAUCACGCACAGUCAAACGUGAUGCAGCCCUCCACCUCGAUGAAAGACGUGACAGUGACUCAUGACGCACAGUCAAACAUGAUAAAGCCCUCUACCUUAACGACAGGUGUGAGAGAGACUCAUCACGCACAGUCAAACGUGAUGCAGCCCUCCACCUCAAAGACAAGUGUGACAGUGACUCAUCACGCACAGUCAAACGUGAUGCAGCCCUCCACCUCAACGACAGUGACUCAUCACGCACAGUCAAACGUGAUGCAGCCCUCUACCUCAACGACAGUGACUCAUCACGCACAGUCAAACGUGAUGCAGCCCUCUACCUCAACGACAAGUGUGACAGUGACUCAUCACGCACAGUCAAACGUGAUGGAGCCCUCCACCUCAAUGGAGUCCAACUUCAUGGCUGGGGACAAAGGUUUAUCAACGGUGGAGAUGCUCAAGCUGCUUGAGAUGUCUCCUCCCCCCACGCCACAGACUCUGCCGCCCAUCUCUGAAGCAGUUGAAAGUCAAACAACUGAGCCAGACUACCUUACCUGGCUGGAUGACUCAAACACAGUGUCUUUUAUAGAUAUACUUGAGUCUCCUCCCCCCACGCCACAGACUCAGCAUCACUCAGCAUCACUCUGCACCGAUUCUGCAUCGAUGUACUCCCCCCUUGCACUGGAUGACAACCAAACUACGGUGUCCAAACUCUUGGCCGGGAUUGAAUAUCCACCUAUGGCAGAGCUGCUUGAGCUGCUAAGUGGCUGAGUCUUGUUUUUGUGAAGGGGCAAAAGGGGAAGAGGGAGAGGGACAGGAGCAAGGCCUCAAAAUGACUGAAGCAUCUGCAUCGACAUCUGGAGAGGUCACAUCGCAAGCGAAGACGAUGUGUGUGAAGCUAGGUUACAUAAGUGUGACAGUGGCUUCUCACACACAGUCAAACGUGAUGCGGCCCUCCACCUCAACGACAGAUGUGACAGUGGCUUCUCACGCACAGUCAAACGUUAUGGAGCCUCAAUGGAGUCCAACGUCAUGGCUGGGGACAGAGAUUUAUCAACGCUGGCGAAUGUUCGAGCUGCUUUAGAUGAUUCCUGUCCCCACGCCACAGACUCAGCUGCCCAUCUCUGAAGCAGUUGAAAGUCAAACAACUGAGCCCGACUACUUUGCCUGGCUGGAAGACUCAAUGGUGGGAGAUUUUCCUCAUCCGAAUCGAGGGUCUAAAUACAGAGAAUGUCGUAUGCUGACUAUGUUUUGUGGUAUUUCAAUAUACAGCAAAUAAAACAAAGAAAACAAA